AUGAGCAUGAUAACCCUCUAUUAUCGCCUCAACCCCUUCGGCACCAUCUGGAGAGUGUCAGUCUUAGCCAUCGCCAUUGUCAUCGUUGUUCCCACCCCGGUCUUGGUUCUCCUGUACAUCUUCGGCUGCAAACCAGUGGCCCUGGCAUGGAACCCGGAGGUCGGCCAGGGGCAGUGUAUCAGUCGUCUUGGCAUCAUGUUCACCAGUUCGGUGUUAAAUGCUUCCACUGACCUUAUGAUGGUCUUGAUUCCGAUUCCCCUCAUCCGCCAGUUGCAAAUGCCAUUGUUUGUUAAGGUUGGAGCAUUGGUGAUGUUCUUUCUGGGUUGCAUCACGAUAAUCACCAGCAUAUUCCGUGCAAUCGCCUUCGGUGAUCUUUUCCAUCGGUCAGAUCAAUCCUACCAUAUGGCGGUUCCCAUCCUCUGGGCGAACGCGGAAACCACCCUAGUUAUUAUCUGCGAUUGUCUGCCGUCCUUCCGUCGCUUCCUAUCACACAUGAUCGCAAACUCCGGCUCGAACGCGUCAGGAAACGUCAGCAGACGUCUCGGCAGUGUCGGAACUGGCAACGCACCACAGCCGGGGCCAGGAAAUGAUUUCGAAGACGAUGUGGAACUGAUCCGCCGCGACGCUGGUAGCACUAUGAGGAUAAAUCGGACGGUUGAGCUGAGUAUGACAUAUCAGCAGAAAGAGGUGGAUACGAGCGUGCAUUCUAUCCCAGACUCUUCGUUCUUGAAGGGACCGAGCCCGAAGCAUAGUUCGACAGAUAUGAGGGGGCACGUCAUUGUGUGA